AGACUUUUCGAAUUCGAACUUCUAAAGCUCACUCAGUCCGCGUCGCUAGCCUGUUUAAGCUGUCCAGUUUAUUCCGGCGUACGUAAUAUUUGUGCUUCAAAAAUGCUUCUUUUAAGCAUUCUUUAACAUAAAAAUGUUUACCUCAGUACUGAAAUUAAUAGUUUGAUCUUUAUUGUGAACGUUUCUAUUUACAUAGGGUGAAAGAUGUGUUUGUAUCAUGGUGUCUUAUUCGUUUUUCUGCUAACAACCGGUAUAUACGAAGGAGUGCAAGCAGAAGAGGCUCUCCACCAUGGGCAUAAACUGCACAGCCACAAACCGAGUCGGAAGCAUCGAGCUGCUACAACUGUUUCAGAUGGCGCACUUCGUUUCGAACCGGCUCCAUAUAAUAAGAAGUUGGAGCUAAACAGUCUUGGAAAGAUUCACUGCAAAGUGGCUGGGGGUGUGGCUCCUACUGUGCAGUGGUUUUUGAAUGAUGAAGAGCCUCUACCCGAAAGCAUCACAUCAUCCAACGGCACGCUUCUCAUCACCGAGGCAAAACGUGAACACGCUGGUCAAUACACCUGUAAAGCCACUGAUGGUGAUAAAUCCAUCGCCGCGAAGAUCACUGUGGAUGUUGUAGUUGCACCUCGAGUAUUAGAGCCCACAGCGGGCCAGCAAGUUCAUGUCAGGAUUGGUGAUGAUGUAUCACUGAACUGCAAGGCCAUUGGUGACCCUCCACCCACCAUUCAUUGGGACAGGAACAGAACUAUUUUGACACCUCAGAACGAUGGUGUUGAUACAGAAGAUGGUGCCAACGCGUCUUUCGCAAGAAUUCUCCUCCUAAACAACGGAACGCUUGAAAUUCACAAUGUAACUGAGCAAGACUCGUACAGAUAUGGAUGUACUGCAGGGAGUGCCGCGGGUUUAUCUAGAGCAGAACUGGAGCUCAUUGUACAUACAGAAAACGACAUGCCCCCACAAGAAUCCAGCGGGGUCGCGGGUAAAGCUGUGCUCGUCUCCAUAUCCGUGGCUGGGGCUUAUAUGCUCCUGGUCCUGGCUCUCAUGGUGUACUGCAGACGACGAAGACUCAAGCGCAGACAGAGAGCGGGAGAAAAAGAGGAAUUAGAGAUGGCGGAGGGUCGAGAGAAAUUAGUUGAAGAGGGAGAAGAAAAGAAAGUGCAGAACGGUGCUCCGUUGCACAAUGGUCGGCUCUUGCAUGAGCGGGAUAGCGGUGCAGAUAAUUCCGAGGUGUCAGUCAUGUCUCGCGCCUCCAAAAAGUCUGGACAUUAUGAACAAUUUUCGAUACCAAAGUCUUUGAUUACGGAACAGAUAACUUUAGGUCGCGGAGAGUUUGGGGAUGUUUAUCUUGCUAAACUGGAUCUAUUGCAAGUGAAGAAGCUAAGGAACAAGGACGAUCCCGACACAGAGCCCAAAGUUCGAGCUGUUAUGAUCAAAGCGCUUAAUACUAAGGAUGAGCAUCAGCUUGCUGAAUUCCGUCGCCAACUAGACCUGUUCAGUCGAGUGCGUCAUGAAAAUAUUUCACGACUCUUCGGUCUGUGCAACGAGUCAGACCCACAUUACAUGGUACUGGAACACACUGAUUGGGGUGACCUAAAAACCUUCCUGAUCGCGACCCGUACCGACGAAGAAAACGAGGAGUACAUAGCUCGCGUGGGAUCGUCCCACGCGUUGCCCAAACCCCAGCACUCGGUCCCACCUCUGGAACAUUUGCACAAAGUGGUUUUGGCCCAGCAGUUGGCUGCUGCCGUCAAUAAGAUGGCCAGUAAGAGGAUGACGCAUCGCGACAUCGCAGCUCGCAACUGCCUGAUAACCUCACAAUUGCAGCUCAAGUUGUCAUUCCCAGCUCUCACUCGAGGACCAAAUUCCCACGAAUACUUUAAAUUGCAUGACCAGGUGAUCCCACUUCGCUGGCUGCCCCAAGAGUCUGUCUUAGAAGGAGAUUAUUCUACAAAGUCCGAUGUGUAUAUGUUUGCUACCACUAUUUGGGAGAUUUAUACAAAAGCUGAGCAACCAUUUGCAAAACUGAACGACAACUCAGUGCUUGAAAGACUCAAGAAUGGAAGUCUUGAAUGGAAUGUUCCGGAUUCGAUGCCCGAGAAAUUGGUGGCUUUAUUGAAACGUUGCUGGACAACAUCGCCAAAAGAUAGGCCGCAAUUCUCCGAGGUGUGCGAAGAUAUAUCUGUUAUAAUACAAGAGAUUACAGCUGAAACUGUCUCCCAACACUCUAAAGACAAAAGUGAACUUAACGAAUAAUUUUUUAUCGUUAAAAUACUCUUGAAUAAGUCUGAUGCUUUAGACUAUGAGAGACAUUGUAUCCACGUAGUACAAACUUUUCGAUAACGUUUUCACGUUUCAGUUUCGUCUCGUAUCGACGAUAGUAGACACGAAUUAUAUUUUAAUGUCGUAUAAGCUUCCGUUUAGUGAGUACAUAUAAAGAUGAAUAUAUGGCUAAAUCUACUACAUACUAGAUGGUCCAUACAGAUAUAGGAAUGUGUUUGCCCCAUUGGGACUUCAAACAUUUCCCUUACUUAGUCUAGAGAGUCAGACUUAGCUAUUAAGAUAAUAUAUCACUUGACAUUUGAAUGUUGUAAUGCAAUAAGAUAUUUUUGCAGCCGUACGGCUUUGAUCUAUCUCGGUUAAAUUUUUAGUAUUAUAGGCAUAAUUUUGUGACAUGAAUUUUUAAUAAUUUUAUAAAAAAAAGUCAUUGUGAUGGAUUUACAUUAGUACAGUACUGGGGCUGGCGAAGUGUAUGUGUACACUUUUAUUGAUAACGCUACAGCGUGCUGGAUGAUUUUAAUGAGUAAUACACGGGAAUUUUAAACUCUUUAAUAUGUCAGUCAAGAUGUAUCUAAAAGUUUAAGAAAUGCAUUUGUAUAAACUUUAUAACUUAUACAACGAGUAUUAUGUAGAUAUUAGGUUGUAAUUUUUGCAUUUAUUGUAGUUUAGAAUUGGUUAUAUUUAUUACUCCUUCACGACUUGCCAGAAUUAAAUAAUUAUUAUUUUGUACACUUUGUACAAUAACCCACUAAGGGGUUUUUCUUGGCGUCCAGUAGGAUGGUUUGCCCCUAGUUCAAAGAAUUAGCAUCAAAAACGAUUUCAAAAACGUUCUAUUAACGUGAUCGUUACGAUAAUCUAACGAAAGUUCACACUAGGCAUCUGAAUGGGGUAAUAAAGUAUGACAAAAUUUAGUUUUAAGAGUAAACCGUCAGCUACGCGAUACUGCCAUUAUGUAUAUAGAGUAGCGGUUAAGACUGAAUAGUUAGGAACAGUUUCAAUACGACUAUUUAUUUAUUUAUAAAAGCUUGACAACGCUUGCACAGAUUCAUUGGUACAAGAAAAAAAAUACAAUUUUUAUGGUGACAAGAAAGAAAAAUAAAUUUCAAAGUAUGAGAGGAGCAACUAUCCUAGGAUAUCCAGACCUAGUUUAUCAGAUCAGAAUCUGGAAGUCGGUGAGUUUUGAAAAGGAUAUAAUAUAUAUAAAUCUGAAUAUGAUAGCUGAAAUAAAAAAAAAUAUCCUCAUAUAAAAAUCCAGAUUUAGCGGUAUGAAAUAUACUUAUUACAUAUACAAUAUUUGGCUCCGCUUAGAGCAACAACAAACACGAGUUUUUAUACAAAUUGUAUGUGAUUUUUGAUUAAAAGUUUUAUUAUAUAAUAAUUAGUCGUAUUGUAACUAGCUUUUAGUGUAUAUUAGUUUAAAUCGUCCAUUGAUUCACGUCCUAUUCGAAACAAAAUUCUAUUUAGAUGUACAGUGGGCAACAUUGACAACUGAAAUUAUUAUUUCUCCUUAUUAUAUAAAUUUUUACAAAAGUUUUUACCAACUGUGCAUAUGUGCCGCGAGAUUUUUUUAAAUGUCCUUUAAAGACGCUUAAACAGAGCAGUGUUGAUCUAGUGGCUUCAGCGUGCGACUUUCAUCGCUGAGUUCGUAGGUUCGAUCCUCGGCUGUGCACCAAUGGACUUUCUUUGUAUGUGCGCAUUUAACGUUCGC